AUGGGAGAGGCAUUCCUUCCCGUAGACUUCCGCCGACACCAGUUCUCUCCCUUUCCACGAAAAUCCGAUUCACUUCCUUUUCAUAUUCGCAAGCCUUUGUUGUCUUCUUUAAUCCGUGAAGAAGUACACCGUAGUUCUUCUUCGUGUGGUGGUUUUACACUCAGCUUCUCAGCCACUAACUUCCGCCAGUUAGAGGUGCAGAUAUGGACUCUGAGUUGCCCAAAAGACUAUAUGCAGAAGGAACCUUGGGAAGAUUCAAAGUGA